AUGUUAGAAGAAUUGGAAGCAGCAAAAGACUAUAGUGAUGAACUCUUAAAAAACAUUUCAAAACAAAAUAAUACCAUAUUAACACUUGAAGAAGAAUUGAAAAAGUCUGUUAAUGAUAAAGACAGAUUGGAGAAAAGCCUUAAUCAUAAAUUAGAGCAUUAUAAAUAUAAAUUAGAAGGAUUAGAUUCAUUAGAAUUACUUAAUACAACAAAAUCUGCAGAAAUAGAUCAUUUGAAAAAUCAAAAGGCUGCUUUAGAAAAGUAUACUGAAGAAAUAAAAGAGAUGCAUAAAAUACAAUUAAACAAAUUAGAUGAUGAAAUAAAUUGUCUCAAAGAAACAAUAAAACGCUGGCAAUUUGAAAAUGAACUAUUAUCAGAACAAUUUAAGACAAUAACUUUUGAGCUUUUGAACCAGGAACGAUUGAAUAACAGUAAAAUAUCAGACAAAGAUGAUAGUUUAAAUAACACUUCUUUAUGCACAAAUAGUAUUGAUAAACAGUUCAUGAAAAUGGCAAAUUUGAUUAACAUCUUGAAAGACGAAAAAAAUUCAAUCAUUUUAGAAUUUAAUGAAACUAUUGCUGAAUGCAAUAAAUUGAAAUCUGAUUUACAUUACAAAUCCAAAGUUGUUGAUGACAUGCAAACUCAAAUGAAAGAAUUAAGACAGCUACAUACAUCCGGCUUAGUUAUGAAUAAUGAUCAUUCAAAAAUUUUAGAAAAGAUUGAACUUAGCAAUCAAAUAGUAGAAAGAAGUAAAAUGUUAGAAGAAGAAAAUGUACUAUUAUCCAGCCAACUUAAAGAGUUACAAGAAUUAGAUACAAAAAAAACUGCUGAGAUUUGUGCUUUAAAAGAUGAUAUAUCAGGAAUGCAAUGUGAAAUUGAUCAAAAAUGUGCAGAGGUUAUAACUGUAACUAAAAACUUGUCAAGAUGGAAAGAACGAUCUAAUGGUACUCAAUCUGAUACAGAGUUUAAACAACUGUUAAAUACACUAGAACGAGAAAAAGGAAAAAUGACUACUGCUCUUGAUCAAUUAAAAUCUAUGAAAUCAGAUAAAUCAUGUCUUGAAGAAUUGUUAAAGAAGCUGGAAACUGAUCAUUCGGAAGAAAUCAAUACUGCAAAACAAGAAAUAAUUAAAUUAAAAACUAAAAUUGUUUCUACUAAUAAGUCUAUGGAGACGUUUAAGAAUAUUAUCAAAUCCUACAGACAAAAGUCAUCAGAUGUUGCAUCAGAAAUUCAUAUAGUAAAGGUAUUGGCUAGACGAUAUAAACACCUAAGUGAAGAGUUGAAUAAUACAUUAAGUACAGAAAGAAGCGCAUGGCAGACUAAAUUUGAUGAACUACAGCAAGGAGGAAGUAAAAUAACUUUAGAUCUUGAUGAGCCCAAAAAACUAAUAGAACAAGGGAAACAAGAACAAAAAGCUGAAUGUGAAUCCAUCAUAAAUUAUCAUAAAGCUAAAGUUCUAGAAGCUGAAGCUAGUUUAAAUGCUGCAAGAUCUGAGUUAAAAGAUACAAAAGCUAAAAGUGAAGAUAAAGAAUUGCGUGCUAAACAGCUUUUACAACAUGUUAGAAGUAGGAUUCAAAAUCUUACUAGAGAACUUGAUAUAACCAAAAAACAACGUGAUGGCUUAAUCGUCCGAUUAGAUCAAGCAGAAAUUGGUGGCCAAAUGCAGGAAUUUCAAGUUCAAAUCUCUCGUUUAGAAGCGGAAAAUCGCAAACUUACUUCAGCAAAAGAACAGAUCACCGCAGAAAAAGAUCGCUUGUCUCAUGAUAUACAAAUGUUAAAUCAUAGAGUUACAGCUUUGACGAGACAAUUUUCAAAUCAACAGGUAAAACCAUCUACUAGUACCGGCCCUGAUAAACUGGCAAUUGAACCUCCUACAGCUAACAUUAAACCCUUAGGACCUGCAGUUAAUAAGCCACAAACGGUACACCAGUCUGUUACAGUUAACCCAUGGCGAUCUGCAGCUGCAGAAACACCAUUGGCUAGUAUAAAGCCAAUGACAAUGCAACCUAGAAGUGUGGUAGUAUUACCUACUAGUCAAACAUCAUCCACGUCAAACCAAAGUUCAAUGAGUGGAACUAGUAGUAGUACAACUAUUACUGUUCAUCCACAACAACCACAGUCUGUUGAUAUCAGUAGCAGUGGAGGUAAUGCUUUAGACUCUUCAGAAGCUAAUAGCACAGCACAAAGCCAUCAUUUAACAAGCAGUACUUUAGUACAACACGUUGAAGGUUCGGAAUCAACACCAACAGUUUCUGAUUCUAACGAAACUACUGCUGCUACUCCCCCAUCAAUCUUACCACUUCAACAGCUGAUAGGAAGUGCAGCAGCUCCAAGCGUUACUGCUGCACAAACAAGUCCCGCCAUCAGUAUAGCUCUGGUGGUACCGCAAGGCAGGGAACAAGUACAAACAACUGUGUCACAACCAACUACUGUAUCUGUGUCAACAGUAUCUCCUUCACAAAGUCAAAUAGACAGAUACAGUGUGCAAAAUGAAAAUGGUCAGACAAUGGAAAGUAGUAACAGUCAUAUUGCUAGUUCUUCAGCUCCAGGUCCUUCAACAGAAUCAGAACCAUCUGUUGUCACAGCUUGUACUAGUGGACCUAGCUGUUCCUCUCUAGACACUACAACACACUCUAACACUUCUCAAAGGAAACGAAAAGCUGAUCUCCUUCUGACUUCAUAUAUGAAAAGAUCUAAAUCUUUUAUGCCUAGAGAAGAAAACCGUAGAGAAAUGGAAUAUUAUGAAGCACCAACAUCUUCUCAAAGAGAUUCAGAAGUUAGCAAUUCAUAUAUUGGUCCAGAGAGUAAUCCACAAGAUAAUAAUAAAGGAGUUGAAGCAAGUACAGAUAUGGAGGUGACAAGUGAGGCAGCAGAUGAAAAUAAUGAAGUUGACCUAACAAGCCAAGGAUGUACUGCUGACACCAAUAAUAUGAAUGAAACCAAUGAUUUUCAAAAUGAAGAAACCGAACAAAUAACAGGAGAAAAUACACCAGAACAUUCAUCAAAUGCUGAAGCCACUGCUUUUGUUGAAGAAGACUCGCCAGAAAUUAUUCAUUUUCAAGAAUUUCAAAACACACCUGUUUCUUCGGCUAGUUGUGAAGAGACUAAGAAUACUGAUAAUGUAACUUCAGAUGCAGAAUCAAGGCAGAAUGAAAGUGAUUCAACUCCAAUUGAACCUCGAGCCGGACCCUCAAGCGAUGCUUCGGACACAGUUGGAGUUUCUCAAUCAACUGAAACUGCAGAAACAGACACACUUGAUUUGGAACAAAAAACAGUUGAAAUUUUAUCAUCUGAAAAUGAAGAAGACACCAUUGAAAUCAAAUCAAUUCAUGAUAUUGAUGAAACUCAAAAUGAUAAUAUACCUGAUCAAGAUCAUGAUCAGGAAACAAUUUCAGUGUCCUCUUCGCCCAGCAAAGAUAAUGAAGCUGUCCGUGAGGAAUCUCCUGUCGCUGGACCAAGUGGUGUGACUAGUGAUUCAUCAGCAAAUUAA